AUGGGGGUGAGUGCCGAGCUAACCAGGCAGGCAGGCACCUGGAGGUUUCACGUGGAGUCAGGCCACAAUGAGCAGGGACCGUGUCGGGCUUGGAACUGUCAAAAUCACGACCACGGCUGCGUCGUUUGUACCAUCAUCUCCCGCUCGGACGAGUUCCACCCCCCCAUCCUGCCGCCGCGGGCCGACCUCACCGUGGGACUGCACGGUCAGUGGGUGAGCCAGCGCUGUGAGGUACGCCCCGAGGUCCUCUUCCUCACCCGCCACUUCAUCUUCCACAACAACAACCACACCUGGGAGGGUCACUACUACCAUUACUCUGACCCCAGCUGUAAACACCCCACCUUCACCAUCUACGCCCAGGGACGCUACAGCCGAGGGCUUCACUCCACCAGAGUCAUGGGCGGAAUGGACUUUGUCUUCAAAGUGAACCACAUGAGGGUGACGCCCAUGGACGUGUCCACCACCUCCCUCCUCAACGUCUUCAAAGGUAACGAGUGUGGAGUGCAGGGCUCGUGGCAAGCUGGCGUGGAGCAGGACGUCACCGCUACCAACGGCUGCGUGGCUUUAGGCAUCCGGUUACCCCACAUGGAGUACGAGCUGUUCCGCAUGGAGCAGGACACCCACGGUCACUAUCUGCUCUACAACGGCCAGCGUCCAAGCGACGGCAGCAGCCCCGACCACCCUGAGAAGCGGGCCACCUCCUACCAGAUGCCCCUGGUCCAGUGCUCAUCGAGCAGCCAGCAGCCGGAUCAGAGAGGAGGGGACAAGGACAGGUCUCUGCUGCGUGACUGCUCAGGGUGGCACGGAGGUGGUCCCCAACACAGUGUGGCUUCUGCCACCAUCGUCACUGCUCUGCUUCUCUUACAAACUUAGAGCAGUCUGCGCACGCAGCUCAAACAACUCGGGAGACUGCAUUUUGUGAGAACCAAACGUUUUGGGUGUA